GGGCACUGGAUCUAAAAAGAGACUUCUCUUUGUGUCUUUAGAUUCCUUGUAUUUUUCAAGAUCAAAAAUUUCAUUUUGAAUCUGUACAUAGAUCCCCAUGAUUGAAUAGAUGCUUUGCUUCUCAUUGCGCAGAGAAAUGGCUUGUUGGAUGUGGACACUGUUACUGUGCGUCCUGCUUGUGGUCUCUGGAGCAAUGGCAGCUGCACCGAGGAAGCCUGUAGAUGUGCCAUUUGGUAGAAACUAUGCGCCAACAUGGGCUUUUGAUCACAUCAAGUACUACAAUGGAGGCUCCGAGAUCCAGCUCUACCUUGAUAAGUACACUGGUACUGGCUUCCAAUCCAAGGGAUCUUACUUAUUCGGGCACUUCUGUAUGCAAAUAAAGAUGGUUGCUGGAGAUUCGGCUGGCACAGUAACUGCUUUCUAUCUAUCUUCCCAAAACUCAGAGCAUGACGAAAUAGACUUCGAGUUCUUGGGAAACAGGACUGGGCAGCCCUACAUUGUGCAGACAAAUGUGUUCACUGGAGGGAAGGGAGACAGGGAGCAGAGGCAUUAUCUGUGGUUUGACCCAACCUCAGCCUAUCACUCUUACUGUAUCUUGUGGAAUCUCUACCAGAUUGUGUUCUUUGUGGACGACGUGCCAAUCAGGUUGUUCAAGAACAGCAAAGAUUUGGGAGUGAGGUACCCAUUUGACCAACCCAUGAAGGUAUACUCGAGCCUGUGGAACGCGGAUGACUGGGCCACCAGGGGUGGACUUGAGAAGACCGACUGGUCCAAGGCACCCUUCGUUGCCUCCUACAAGGGCUUCCAUAUCGACGGCUGUGAGGCCUCGGUGGAGGCUAAGUUCUGUGUCUCCCAGGGCAAGCGUUGGUGGGACCAGAAGGAUUUCCAGGAUCUUGACGGAUUCCAAUACCGUCGUCUCCGCUGGGUCCAUACCAAAUACACCAUCUAUAAUUACUGCACCGAUCGGGUCAGAUACUCCACCAUCAGCCCAGAAUGCAAGAGAAACAGAGACAUAUAAUAAUGUUACCAGUUACCACCAAUCCAUCACACUCGGUCCAGGUCCAGGGGAGGGGUUGUCUUUUAUUUAUUAUUUCUUCCUUAUUAUGUUCCACGGUAUUCAUCAGUCGGUUCGUUGGGUUGGGUUGUUUCCGUCUGUUUUCUUCAUAUUUUGUUUUAAAUUAAAUUCAAUAUGUACUCUAUCCAUCGAUAUUAUAUAUUUUCUCCGUUCUUAAAUAUCUGUCAUUUUACACAAUUUUUUUUGUUCUACAAUAUCUG